AUGGAGCACGGAGAAGCCUCAUCCACCACAUGCUUGCCGUCCACGGAACAAAAUCCUCUUCAAAACCUUACAUUUCCGAUCAAGCAACAAAGAGAGACGAAACUACAAAGCUCUAAAACCACCAAAGGUCGACAGAAGAUAGAGAUUAAAGAGAUCAAAGAGAAAAACCGGAGGCAAGUGACGUUUUCGAAACGCCGAACCGGGCUUUUCAAAAAAGCGGCUGAAUUAAGCGUUCUCUGCGGCGCGCAGAUUGGUAUCAUAACGUUUUCACGUUUCCAAAGGAUUUACACGUUCGGUAACGUGGACACACUCAUCGAAAAGUACUUGCGCAAGGCUCCGGUGAUGCUGAGGUCACAUCUCGACGGUGAAGCGUUAACCGGAGAAGAGGACGUCGACGGUAGGAUGUGGUGGGAGAGGGCGGUGGAGAGUGUUCGGGAAGAAGAGAUGGAAGAGUACAUGAAGGGGUUGCAUGGUUUAAGGGAGAAUUUGUGGAAAAAGAUCUGCGAGAUGGGUGGAGAUCCAACGGUUCAGAUGAAUGCUCAGGCAUUUCCAAAUCCGAUGGCUCCGACUGACUGGAAAAUUACGGAUGAAAAUCUGACGGUUAGGAACGAUCAAGGUCAUGCAGUAUAA